AUCACAAUGAGUCAGUCAACCGUCGUCUUCAUCACAGGUGUCAGUAAAGGCAUCGGUCGCGGUCUGGUGGAGGCUUACCUCGCGCGCCCCAACCACCUGGUCAUUGGCAGCUUGCGUGAUCUGGCUGCCUCGACCGCGGAGCUGGAAUCCCUCCAGACAGCCUCGGGGAGCAAGGUCCUGCUGGUGCAGAUCGAGAAUACCUCUGUGAAGGAUCCCAAACAGGCACUGGACGUAGUCCGAGCCGCGGGGAUCGAGCACAUCGACAUCUUCAUCGCCAAUGCUGGCGGCACGCCGCCCGUGGUGUCACUGGAGGGUGUCCAUCCCCGGGAUUUGCUCACCGCGUUCCACACCAACGCUGCGUCGGCCCUACUGCUGUUUCAGACCUUCCGGCCGCUGCUCCAGGCGGCUCCGUCACCCAAGUGGGCGUCGAUCUCCAGCAACAGCGCCUCACUCGCGUUGAUGGGGGAGAUGAGCUCCUUCAUUGUCCCCGCGUAUGGGGUGUCGAAGAUCGCUUUGAACUGGCUGACCCAUGCCCUACACCACAGUCAAGACUUUCUAAUUGCCUUGACACUCCACCCCGGGCAUGUCCAGACCGUUCCGGGCAAUUGGAUUGCACGGCAAGUGGGCAUGGAGAAGGCCCCCACGACGGUGGCUGACAGUGCGGCCAGCAUCAUACGCGUGAUUGACCAGGCAACACGGGAGACGAGCUCGGGGAAAUUUAUCGAUGUUUUGCAGGCAGGACAAAGAGAUCCCGUGGUAGAGGCUACGGUGGAUGCAGUUUGAUG